AAAUGAAAAGAAGAAAGAAUAUCAGGCUCUCUCCUCCAUUUUUCUGAGAGACUCUCUCUCUCUCUCUUCAACUCUCUAUAUAUUCCUCACGGCAUGCCCUGGAAAAUCUUCCCUUUCUCUCUCCACAACAUUUCUCUCUUUCCUCUUUUUCUAUCUAAACAAAGUGCUUUUUUUUUCUUGCAUUUAUACGAUACAAAUUUAUAUAAAUAUUUGUCUUAACUGAAUUUGCAUUUUGGGUGUAAAAAAAAAAAAAUUGAGAUUUUUAUAAGGAAGGACACAAUUGAGAGAAGAAAGAAGUAUUAUUUGUGGGGGGCAAGGCAAAUAGAAGAGAAGAAAGAGGAUGAAAUUAACCUCCUCUGUUCUUAUUCUUAUUUUGCCUCCUCUCAGAUCUUAGUUUUUCGCAAGAUUUGGCACUUGGCUUUCCUUUGAUUGGUGAAGUUAAAUUCCGGGGCGGUCGGUUGAUUGAUCGUGGGAGGAUCUGUUGGUUUCUAAAUUUUGAAUCGGAGAGAAAAUUUCCAUUUUGUAUCGGAUUACAGUUUUGUUGUUAAAAUAAAAGAAAAAGAUGUCUGAGAAUGGUAAGCUAUUUAUUGGUGGGAUAUCUUGGGACACCAAUGAGGAGCGUCUCAAGGAGUAUUUUAGUAGUUUUGGUGAAGUGGUAGAGGCAGUGAUCAUGAAGGAUAGGACCACAGGCCGUGCCCGUGGUUUUGGUUUCGUUGUCUUCUCUGACCCGGCUGUUGCUGAGAGAGUCAUCAAGGAGAAACACAACAUUGAUGGCAGGAUGGUUGAGGCAAAGAAGGCAGUUCCUAGGGAUGACCAGAACAUUAUGGGUAGAAGCACUAGUAGCAUCCAUGGUUCGCCUGGUCCAGGCCGCACACGAAAGAUUUUUGUAGGAGGUUUAGCAUCUACAGUCACAGAGAGUGACUUUAAGAAGUAUUUUGAUCAGUUUGGGAACAUCACAGAUGUUGUGGUGAUGUAUGAUCACAACACCCAAAGGCCUAGGGGCUUUGGUUUCAUCACUUAUGAUUCAGAAGAGGCAGUGGACAAAGUGUUACUAAAAAAUUUCCAUGAACUGAACGGUAAAAUGGUUGAGGUCAAACGAGCAGUUCCCAAAGAGUUAUCGCCUGGUCCUAGUCGUAGCCCACUUGGUGGAUAUAACUAUGGUCUGAAUAGGGUCAACAGCUUUCUUAAUGGUUACACUCAGGGAUAUACUCCAAGCAGUGUUGGAGGCUAUGGACUUAGGAUGGAUGGUAGGUUCAGCCCUAUUGCUGGUGGUCGAAGUGGGUUUCCUCCUUUUGGUUCUGGUUAUGGAAUGGGCGUGAACUUCGAGCCAGGGUUGAACCCAAGUUUUGCAAAUACUGCAAAUUUUAGUAGUAAUAUCAGCUAUGGACGGGGGUUGGGCCCUUACUAUAUUGGUAAUACAAAUAGAUUUGGUAGUCCUAUUGGGUAUGAUGCAAGUAGUGGAGGUAAUUCUUCCUUUUUCAGCUCUGUGACCCGGAAUCUUUGGGGAAAUGGGGGGCUUAAUUAUAGCACAAAUGCUGGUAGUUCCAGUGCAUAUAUGGGAUCUGGAAGUGGGAGUAUUGGAGGAAGUGCCUUUGGAAACAGUGGAAUUAAUUGGGCUUCUUCUGCAAUUUCCGGGCAAGGUGGAGGAAAUAAUGUUCCUAGCAGUAGUGUUAAUUUUGGCUAUGGAAGUGGUGAUAGCAGCUUUGGGUUGGGAACAGCAGGGUAUGGAAGAAACAGUGGGACAAAUGUGGCACCAACAUCAUCAUACACAACACCAAAUGGUGGUUAUGAUGGAGCCUUUGCAGACCUUUAUGGUGGUGCUUCAGUUUAUGGUGACACCACUUGGCGAACAUCAACAUCUGAGCGAGAUGGUUCUGGUUCCUUUGGCUAUGGACUCGGUAGUGCCAAUUCUGAUGUUUCUGGUAAAAGUUCUCCUGGUUAUGUUGGUGGUUAUAGCGUUAAUAAGAGACAAUCAAAUAGAGGUAAGACUUGUUACUAGCAUCCUAAAAUUUUUUUGUAAAAGAUUUUCAGCUUGAGGAAAUUUCCUGUUAACUUUAAAGAAUUAUUAUUGAUGUUCAUAGGAGGUUAGUAGCAAAAUCUUGUUUAGAUGUUGUAGAAGCAUAACUAAAUAGAACCUUAGAAACUUUUAAGUUAGGAUUCUGCUAGCUAUCUUUCUUUGGGUCCAAGUCUUAAAUUUGGCAACACAUACCUUGUAGUAAUAUGAUCUUUCAUUUCUUAACAGCUGCUUGCUUUACUUUCUAGCUAUAGAAGAACAAUGUCAGUCAAGAUCGAUAGACAUCUUUUGAACAUAAUGACUCUAUGAUUCAUUUAUUAAUUGAAUGUUGUUGUUUAUUUGUAAUGUGUAUAGCAUUUACAUUUGACACGUUUCUUAACAUCUCCGAAAUUGGUUAUAUAAUUUGGUAACUUUUAAUAAAUCUUUAAAUCUUCAAAGAUGGGGCUAGAGAAAAAGAGAUAAUGGAAGUUUUUGUUGAAUAAUUAAGGCUACUACAAUUUUCAAAGUUAUGAUAUUAAUGUUCAAACUGUUGUAUCAAAAUAAUAGUUGUCUUGUGCAAAGAUACUUAUCAUAGAGUAACAAUAGCACAGACAAAGAAAACAUUUUUAAUCUAUCUUAUUAUUGCUCCUUCUAUUGUUAACAUGUUUGUCCUUGCACAAUUUGAAUUAGCUAUGUUGGCUGCUUGAAUGAUUCCUAUGUUUAAGCUCGCAUUGGAAGUUUUCAAAUGCACUAAUUGGUUUCCUGAAAUUAGUAGCACCUUUAGGGUUAUAUUUCUUAUAUCAUAUUAUGUUAGGAUUUAUAGGUUGUAAGGUAUAAAUAUGUAAGUUUUUAAUUUUCUAAAGAGUUUUGAUGAUGGAUUAUGGAGAUAUUCAGUUGUUGGAAUUAGAUUCCUUUUCUCUACUUGUCCUUCCCUCUGCUUCUCUUUUUCCUCCAAUUUUCUGCCUUUUUCUCUCUCUAUAUUUUUGUAUUUCAUUCCCUUCUCUUCAGUUUUCCUCUCCUUACCUCUAGCUUGUGCCACAUCAUUCUCAUCUUUUCAGCUAAUCUUCUAGGCCUACCGUUGGUUGAAUUGUUAUCAAUCUUUAAUUCCUUGAUAUCUCUUUAGCUUUUUUAAAGUUUAAAGCGCAAUUCUAAUUUGAACAAUGCUCUUCACUAGACAUACCAAGUUGGAGCUCUGUGUAACUUACCUUUUAAGUUCCUGUAUGACCAAUUCCAAGUGGAAGUCAUGCAAAUAGAUGGUUUCAGAGGAAACUUCUAAAAUCUUUGACAUGGCACACAGCUAUUGUGCAUGUGUGAAUUUGUGAUUUUGGACAGAUAUUCCAUUGUGAUUUAGUGUUUGCAUGCUAUGAAUAGUCAAAGAAUUAUUGAAAAUAUAAUUUUUCCUAAACAACUUGAAAGAAAUGUGUAACAUUCUCAUUUUUCUAUACACACAGACACACACCUGUGAUUCCAUGACAACUGAUUGCAAGAGUUCUAAGUUUUUGUCAGUGUCAUUUUUCAUGGCACCUAUAAAAUCUUAUCUUUAAUAUUACCUUAAUGUGAUUAUCUUGGAAUGUUACUUUUCUUCUCAGAACUUUUCCCAUGCUUCUUAGCACUUCUCCAUUCAAGUCCUUUUUCAGUAAUGUUUGUUGAAAAAUUUUUCGUUGGGACGGAAACAAAGUCUUAGAUCAUUUUUUAUGAAGAGAAUAUAACUGUGUCUUAUAAGGAUGUAUUUCUUUUUCCUCCACCUUCUGUGGAUUGCUUUUUGGUCUUUUGGUUUUUUGUUCCUUUUUUUGGGCUAGGCAAAGUGAAGCAAUUGCUUUUGCUCUCCCAUCUUCUGUUUUUCCCUUCAACUUCAUUGGUCCUUCCAUGUUAAAUGGCUUAAUGGUCUCAUGUCUACUCUACAAUAUUUCCACUUGGUUGUGGUGUGAUCAGGUUCCUAAGCAUAAAAAUGAACAGAGUGCUUAGAAAAGGGGGAUGCCUGAGAAUUGAAUGGCAAAGACUAAUGAGUUGAAUUUGUGCCUUGCACAUUCAGAUUUAGCAUGGGCUUGGUUUAGCUCUGUGUUUCUCUUAUGACAUGGAGUUGAACUUUAACUGUGUUUCUCUUGAUAUUGACAGAGGGGUAUCAUUCUGUUUUCUUGACAUGCCACUUGAAUCUUGUCCUCAUUUUUUGGUAGAUGUGAGGCACCAUAAUUUGCUUAUGGAGGCUCUUUUGUCACUUCUUACUUCCUCUUUUUAGUUAAUUUAGGGUCAUGAAAACAUGAUUGUAACUAAUAAGAGAACCAACUGCAUUAUUUUCAUUUUCAUAGAAGUGUUAGUUUAUAUCCAUCCGUUGUAGAGCAUGCACCUAUUUGAACUCUCUCUUUCUUUCUAGUAACUAAUAAGAGAACUAACUGCGUUAUAUUUUGUUUCCAUAAAAGCAUUAUUUUGUACCCAACUGUUGUAAAACAUGCAGUCAUACAAAAAUACCUGAAAUCUCUCUCUCUCUCUCUCUCUAUAUAUAUAUAUAUAUAUGUAUGUAUGUAUGUAUUCACACAUAGAUAUGCGUAGGUUGCACCUCAAUGAUACCAGCAUGCAAGUUUUUCUUUUCGAAAGGUAGAAGGUGGAAGAGGCAUGUCUUAGUCAAGUGUCUGGAGGUGCAGUGUUCAAAGUUCCUAGGGGUUGCGAGAUCAAGUCCUGUAGCUAUUAUAUGAAGGGCCUAAGUUUAAAUUAUAGACUUCAGCAAUGGUUGGGGGAUUUAUGAAUUCAGAAAGACUUCACUCCUAUGAUCCAGUCCAACCAUUGGAUUCUAAAGAAGUUAAAAGAAAAGGAAGGAAAAAGCAAAGAAAUCGUCUUGGAAAGAAAGGGAAAGGAGACUUUCUUUACAUAGUCUUCUAUUAAAGGAUCUACUCAAGAAUCUUGUAGAGGGAUUGAAUCAAGUAGAUAUCAUAUGAGUGGCCUAUCUAGUAGUUCUGAUUGGCAAUUCUAAAGUUCUUUUAGAAUUGGAUUUUCUUUUGACAAGCGAUAAUUCUUCUAUGUAUGUUAAAAGGGUGUCAUGGCCUGAGGCAAGUAUGGUAUUUAGAGCACACGAUAGAAUGAAUUCUAAUAGAAUCCACUAGUUGGCUACGGAAAAAGGUUAUGGACUCAGACUCUUGAAUUAUUGAGUUAUUGUCUGACGUGCAGAGUUUCUCGACUGCUCUUUUCUGCCUUACAGUCAUAGAUUUGAUUGCCUGCUGUUGCAAUAAAUUUUUUGAUGGUCUUUUAUAUGUGUAUUAUUUCAACAAUUAUGCUUCAGCAACUGGCAACUGGCAACUUUUGUUCUUUUUUUUUUACUAAUUGAAGUUAGAAAUUUCUGAUGCCGCGUGUAAGUGCUCUAAUACUAUCUUGUUCCUUUGAAGAAACCAAAUGCUCUUUUAGAUUUUUCCCAAAACAUGUUUUUUAAUGUACUUUCUAAAAGAUUGUUAUAAUCAGUACUUCUUGAGUUUGUUCCUUUACAUUUACACAAU